AUGGUUCCUGAGACAUACCCGAAUAAAGUAUUUCCUGAUCAAUCGGAAGAUUCGUUUUGGAAAAAUGCCUUAGAGGCUAAAGGAGGGGGACACGAGUAUGAUGCAAUAUGGGAUCCACAAAGACUAAAAGAAAAAAAGGAAAUUAGUUUUGUUAUACCACCACCACCUCUUCCGUCAAUUAAUAAUUGUACUAGACAUUCACGUAAUAGUAGUAAAGUGUCUUGGUCUCGGGGUUUGCAAACUGAUUCAGAAAGACAUAUCGAAUUAUUAGAAUCAAAAUUAAAUGAAGUUGUUCCUAACAAUGGAAAACAAAUCAAUUUGAAAACUUUCGUUGGAGAAUUAGAAUAUACUCCAUUAUCUAGUUUGGGUUAUUAUCCUGAAGAAAAUUUUGAAAAUUUUGAAAAUUUUGAAAAUGAGGAAAUGGAAUUACAUAAUCCUUUAGAAUCAGAUGAAGGAUUAUGUGAUACCUCUUCUAUUAUAAUAGAUGAGAUAUUACUAAGAAGAAAAAGUGAAAAUGAUUAUUUAUGGAUGAAUGGAAUGUUUGGAAAUAAUUUAAUGUCUUAUUGUAUGUCGUCUCUCAUAUUUGUUCAGAAUUGGAUCUGUUGUGGUGUUUUGGGCUUAGAAGAUGAUUAA